CUAUAUUCACUGAGCUCUGUAGCCAGAUCGUCUUCUCUGCAUAUGAUGCAAGGAGCUCUUUAAAAUGGAUUUCAACUCUCCUUUUAUUCUGCAGUGUUUGCUGGUGAUAACAACUGUUACUGAUGGCUCUGAUGUCAGGAUUGGUGUGUUCAGCGGCAGCUCAGUAAAUUUUUCUGUAGGAACUGAAAACUUUCAGAAUGUCCUAAAAAUGAGCUGGAAUAAUAACUGUUCCACGGCUGUGGUGGUGGAUGGUACUUUGGCUGAGCGUCACCCUUCUUUCAAGGGAUGGCUGAAACUGGAGAAUGGCUACAUAGUGAUGAGCAGAGUGGAGAAAGAGGAUGAAGGAGACUACAAGUUUUGUUUCAACAAUACUGAAGUGUUAUUUACACUGGAAGUAUUUGAGCCAGUCAUUGAUGCCAAGUGCUUCCCCAAUGGAACCGGAGAGUUGACUUGCAACGUGGCCAGCAAUGAGAGAGUGACGUUUGAGUGGCUGCUAAACAACAGUAAGCUGGAUGCCCCUGAGGCUUGUAUUAAGGAUGGUGGGAAGAAGGUUCGCCUGGAGAAAACUGUGCCUGGGGAAGUUGUAUGUAAGGUGAAACAUGAUAAUGGCUUCAUGAAGACCAGGCCCAUUGUGCUCUCCUGCAGCUAUGGAGACCUUCUGCAGUACCCGUGGUUCAUCUACAUCUUGGCAGGAUGCGCAGGGGCUGCAGCCAUCCUGGUGGCUGUUGUGUCCUCGCUCAUCUGUUGCUGCAUGAGGAGGAAGCACAAGUUCAUCCGUGUGCCCUCAGAGGAAGAAAAGGAUGAUGGAAUAGCAAUGUCGGUGGUGUCCACUGAAGGUGUGAAAAGCCCCCCCAACGGAGACCAUGUGGAGGUUCAAGCUGCCCAGACUGACUGCCCUCCAGUGCCAGACGCUGCCCGGACUGAUUCAGGCAUUGAGCCCCAGCCCGUGGUGGAAGAAAAUUUGCCGGAGGCAGCAGAGCCUGGGGAAAUGCCAGACCCAGAAAUGAUAGCUGAUGUGGAAAGCCAGGAAAAUGCUUCGAACUGUUUCCCCGACCCAGUUGAUAACUGAUCUGACGUGCUCGCUGUUCCGUCCUGUCCUGAGUCCCGUGACACCCGUCCUUUGCAUCCCAUCAUCUUGCUGUAAGAAUUGGUCUGAAAAAUUUUAGCAGGGGGAAGAUGUGAUGUGUCAGGCCUGCUAAGCUCAUUUACAGGAAAAAAAAAGUACGUGUGUGGUUUCAAGACCUUGAGCUGGCAGUUUUGCUAUAAAAACUGGGCAGCUCUCUGGUGCUUUGCCUGUUAGCAGACACGCAGUUAGGCUGUGGAGCCCUGAGGACACCUGGCAUCAGAUGGGUGAUGCCUCCUGCUUCCUGCUCACUCCAUGCAACCUAUCUUUGCCAGCCAGCAGCUACUGUAAGGAGCAGGAGGGCCAGGUAGAUGUGGCAGCACGCCAGUCCCAGGGAGAAACGAGGAAUCACCAGAGAUCUCCUGAGAAAAUCUCUUAUCAGGCGGCCCUGGCACAGGCUGCCCAGAGAAGCUGUGGUGCCCCAUCCCUGGAGGUGCUCAAAGCUGGGUUGGAUGGGGCCCUGGGCAGCCUGAGCUGGUGGGGGCAGCUCUGCCCAUGGCAGAACUUUAAUGUCCCUUCCAACCUAAGACAUUCUGUGAUUCUAUGAUUUCAAAGCGUUUUUCCAUGUGCCCUGCAAGAAGUCUGACCAAGGCUUCAGCAAAGUGCUAUGCUAGGUGUUAAUCUGAAUUGCUCCUCCGGACCCCGUCGGUACCUUCAACCAGAGCGUAACUGCUCGGGGUGCCAGAACUCCAACAGCUCUGUCACCAGCUCUAUUGCCUUCAGCAGGAGAAUGCCUGGGGCUUGGAUGCAUUCAUUUUGGCAGAAAUAUUGAUUAUAACGCUGAGAUCGUUCAUCAGUGCAAGCGUUAGUGCCUUUAGUGUAACGGUUUAGCUGCUCACCGCAAGCUGACUGAGCUGGCCAUCUGCCUGUGCGCGCAGGCUUCCACAGCGCUGCGCUGUCUGCACAGACAGCCGCAAUUUGCAGUACCUCGGGCAAUCCUUGCUGCUGCGUGCAUCUCUGUUCCAGGCGGGGGAGCCGGCGGGCCCCUCCGUGUCUGCACAUGGCAAGGUACCGGGCUGGUGCUGCCCAGCAGUAAGCUGUGCUGCACGUUGUUCCCUUGCUCUGCGACCGCUUCAAAGACUUCUGGAUCCUGUGUGCCGUGCUGGCAGUGAUUCAGCCCAGCUCCGCUUUUUAAGGAUGCUGUAGGAAUCAGAUUUUCCGUGGUAAGAGGGAGGUGAUGAUUUCUCUUAUGGUGCUGCGCCAUCUCCUUUCAGUACCAACAUUCCCCAAAGGCCAUGAGCUGGGUGACAAAGCAUGUGACUCAAGCUGUCUCCACGAGGUUUCCUCUUGCUGCCCUGCUCACGGGGCUGCCCAGCAGCAGGUCAAGGUUGUGUGCUGCGGUCAUGAGAAAAGCGCAUACACUUCCUGUAACUGUGUGCACGUGCCCAGCUAUUGUUCUUUUAUGGUUUGUUUUGUUGGUUUUGGUUUUUUUUUCUUUCCCCUGCAAUGAUUUUGUUUUUCAUUCCUAAUAAAAAGAUCUGGUUUUUAACUUGU